GUUUUGCGUCGGCUGCUAUCAGGCUCCGCACGACGCGAGCCGCGGGCAUCUGUCAGUCGAAGUACGCGUGUCUGUCCCCCCGACAACGCAACGUCUCGACGUAUUUCUCCUUGGCUACAGCACUCGGUUGUCACCGCUAGGCCACGUAGUAGACGUCGAAGGGGUGACACUGUCGACCUGCGUCCAGAAACGGAUUGCUGAGGGGUUUGUUCGGCAAUCAGUUUACGCGAACGAGACGAGCGAGCUUCGCAACGGCAGCAGCAGCAGCAGCAGCUAACCGAGACCCACGUGUGUCUCUCCCUCGUUUGCGUUUAUAGCCUCCCGCUCCCGACAGCACAUACAACGUACCUAUAACAGGGUACACCGAACUUUCGAGGGAUUAACGACCGCCCGCAGGACUCGCCGACAAGCACAAAGACUCGCUGUUUCACUACGGAAAUCGAACAGCGACGUCGCGCCCUUGCCGUCAGAGAUAAUCUCACGCCGCGCUAUAAGAAGACCUCGAGCACUUCGUCCCACUCAUCGCCAACCGGAAUCGGAAUAAAAUGACUUCCUCGAGCAGCGAGAUGACCGAAUUCGAAGAGAGCGUCUCCUUCGACUUGGAUGACCCGGACUUUCCAUCCAUCGACACGUCCGCCGAUCGGAGCGUCACUCUCAGCAUCACAGCCUUAUCUAAAUCCAAGAUGUCCAUCACCUCAGUUCAGACUGCCCCCGAAAGCCUUUCCCGCCAUGGAAGCAACAUUUCGCUGUCAUGCCACAGUUUAUGCGGUAGCGUCGAUGACGGUCUUCAGGACUCUCAUCCGCAGUACCAGGACACCAUCCUCACCAUCGAGGAACUUCGUGCCCAGCUAAACUCCUGCUUCACAUGCGGAGUAUCGUGGAGUGCGGAACACGUUUCCCUCGAUUGCAGUGAAUGUGGUGGUUACUCGUUGGAACGUCCCUGCCCGUUAUGCGACGGACGUUGCCACGCCAUUUGGAAGCGCGACCUCACCAUGUCACAUGCCAGUGGAAAGGCAAGAUGGAUCGGUGAGUGCGCCUUGAGCUGCGGUCCCUCCCUCGAGGAGUCUUUGGUUCCUGCGUUAGAAAAGCUGCGAGCUACUUCCUGAACGGAAAGUUCCGAGGCGCAGCCACAAUCUUGCACAAGACUUAACCACCACCAUCCAUAGCGUCACGCAUCCACCAUCGAGAGCGAAUUAAGGACGAAUGAAUGAGGAGGAAUUGAUGUUCCACGAGUGGGUUCACUCGGACAAUGUCUAUAAAAAACUGUAAAACGAUGGCCGUCUGUGAUUAGCGAGUACAAGCAUCGCUCGUUCGUCGUCUGUCGUGAUAAAAAUUCGUCGAAGAACACGAAAAAAUGUGUAUUAUUAUUAUUAUUUCUACUAUUAUACAUCCAUCCUAAUCGUAUAAAAACAUCGUGUUUGGUUGUUUUUUUUAAAUGUGUCAUCACUUUUGUUACGAAAUUCUAUAUAAAAUGAGAGCCAAAAGGAAAAUAUAUUUGUAAUAUACAUAUUUAGACGCGGCAAGUGUACCGUAGCUAUAGAUUAUACGGUCUUCAGCUGCGACUUAUUUGACUUAUUUGCUCUAAACGAAGAUGAUGAAAUUGCAUUAGAGAUCAUAAUGAAUAGACAACAUACGCCAGAAACUGUAUUAUUACACAUUUUGACAUCUACGGAUUUAAAAAAGAAAAACGUAUUAACAAUAACGUCGCAGCGUCGCAGCGCCGAAAAUGUGUAAUUCAGUUUGAAAAUGAGAAGUACUUUUUCACCUUACGAAGAACGAGCUUAGCAAGAAAUAGCAAUUGUACGUGAUCUCGAAUAAUAUAGAACGUGUGACUAAGAAAGUGCAAGAGAUAUAUUCCUUUCUCCUUAUAUCAAACAAAAUCAAACCCCGACGGAUAUACGAUAUCUCAUACCUAGCAAACGGGACUGCCAAACGUAUUAAACCUGUCCCCUUCCAGAAGUCUGGUUGUGUUAGAAAUAUGUGUUACGUGAUAGAUAGACAGAUAGUAAAUUUCACUAGGCUAAUCAUAAUUAAUUAGGACCUAAAUUUAGAUAAAUAUCACUGUACUUCGGUUAUAGUGUAGCACUUUUAAGACCAGAAUAAGGUUCUUAAUUAUGAUUUGGAAAAUCCUUCGGCCAAAAUUUGACGAAUGUAUAUUUAUAUUCUAUGUAACCACUCAACUAUUCGAGCAUCAAUAUCUGUAUGGGUCGAUGUAUUUCUUUAUUCUCUGUGUACACGAGCGCAGCAAUUAAUUAUGCUAACCUAAGACAAGGUCGCGAUUUUCGAAAAACAAAUUUGAAGUCAGAAUUAAUGUGUAUCCGUUUCUGUAUGUGAAUCCAUGCUCAUAUUUCACCUCCAUUAGACUUAAAUUAUGUUAAGAAAGUUUUCUGAAGUACCUACCUAUUGAUAUUGACAAAAAUGAAGUCAACUGCUUUGGAAAAUAUGAUCAGAUGUAAUUUUUAUUUAUAAUCUUGGAAGUUAUUUAUGUCCAUAACGUUCAAAAAGUAUGGGAUUAGUAAAUAAAAAGAUAUCAAAUCUUAGCAUCCGUGUAUUCUUAUUUUGCUCGGUAAAUCUAGAGCGGUAUUCAUAUAACUUUGGGUAAUUAAAUAACUCGAAAUAAUAUCCUGUCAGUAGAUUUUCAACAGAGAACGUCGUCAAACAUUAAAAGAGCACUAAAUACGUGGAGUUCAAUGUACGAGAAUUUGAGAGCCUAAAACAAAUGAUCAAUUAACAAUUUCUUAUUUAAAAUCGGUAAGUUGGGCUGUAAUGGUGCAGGAAUUAAAUGGCAUCUGUGUAAAAUAAGUUGUAACAUUUUAUUUACAACUUUUUAGUAUGUACAAUGUUGUUGACCGGCCUCUUAGAACAUGCCUUCAUUAUUAAUGCCAAUAUCAGGCUAUCUUCUCUAAAUUUGUGCAGUUAUUUAAGCACUCGACUAAAAUUACAAUAAUCUUAUUAGUAUGAUCAUCAAUUUCUUUUUUUCAAUAGCCAAUACGUUCGAUAAUACGUAUCAAUCCUUGAUGUGAAAUUCGAAUUCAAUUCAAUUUGAGUAUCACGGGAAAGAUCACUGAAAUA